GCCACUUAACCUUACUUUUUAUUUUAAAUAAAUUCUAUUGCUAAUGUGUAAAGUAUACAUUUUUAAGAACUUAUAAUAAUGGAUAUUACUCCGCAUUGGAAACGUGUGUGGGUUACAGUGAAUGGCAAACGAAAUCACAUUGCCUCCAGUGGUGCGUCCUCGGCUCUCGAUGUUGUUAAAACUUACUUGUUCAAUGGGAUUAAUAUGUAUAAACCAUUCACUGAAACGGGCUAUACAUCAUGCUGGGAACGACUUUCUUACGUUAACGAUGUGACUUUUAAGACACUUAUGAGGAAAAUUAGCGAAUUCUUAGAUUUGGAUACAUUUACGUGUUUCGCGAUGCUGUGCAAUUAUUUAAAAUUCGAAUGUUACGUUCAAGUAGAAAAUUGUGAUAAUGUUAUACAGUAUUCCUUACGGCAAGAGAAUUUGGAAGCGAGGAUGUGGGAAUUUUAUACACUGGAACGAAUGUUUAUGUUAAAUUUACUUGGUUGGAUUAUUGAAAACUAUCAGAAUGAGAAGCACCCGUUCUAUGAACUGUAUAGAUCAUUUAUCAAUGAGCACACUUUUAAAGAAAUCCAAAAAGAUCUAUUUAAACAGUACGAAGCUUUGUUGAAGGAGAUGAAUGGGGAUCGUUGUAAUUUUGAAAGAAAUUAUAGAGAACAGUUACAAAUACUUUCCUCCGUGUUGUCUACAUUUGUUUACGAAAAAUGUGACUUUCCCCAGUUUUUGUACUUGAUAAAACUUUUUACGCAAAAUAACUGUCGGGAUUGGCAUAAGAUCAACACCGACUCUGUGGAACUAGGCAACUUAAGGGCAAUUCAAGAUGUUCAGAUUGCUAUUUUUCUUUCAAGUUUGUAUAAUCUAUGGGACCAUUACAAUACGUGGUAUGGUCAUUAUAAUGAAAUUGAGGGCUAUAUGGAUCACUUGUACAAAAACUGGCGUUCUCCUAUUAUUCCUUUAGUGUGGGUGACUUUGCACUUAAGUGUAAACUCCAAUACUGCAUUAGUUCAUGCUGACGGUUUGCAACAUCAUUUAGGCUUAGCGUUGCAGUUUGAUGUAUUUGCUCAUUUGGAGAAGUUAGUUUCGAAUGAUUUAUUUAUGGAUACAACUACUGGUAUAAUGGUGAAGGCGUCUGUUUUUACAGUGUUGGAGGUGUUAUGUAUCAAACUGGGGGCGAACAAAUUUUUUGUACACCCAGUAGCACUCGCGUUACUUGGAAAAUUACUUGAAACUGCCGAGAUUGCUGCUAUAUGGCAACAAGGAAGUGAUGAAGGGACGAAAAGUUUUUAUAGCAGUUCCUUGUACUGCUUUCCAUAUUUGUUUAGCUCACUGUCGACACUCGUACAUUCUUUGAUCCAUUUAAGGGUUAAUGCAAAAGAGGUUGUUUUGGCAUUGAACGAUUUACAAUUAUAUACAGAACACUAUGAGCAUAAAGGAACUGGACAACAGGAGAGAGAAGAUGUGCAAAUAUCUCUAACUUUGCCAUACCGUCCUCUAAAAAAUGAUCUGAUCAUUUUCCCUGUUGGUACAAAAGUGACAAUAUCGAAAUUAUUCGAAGAUAAUGUUAUCAGUUAUCAUGGGACUUAUAGUUACUUUAGCGUUCUUGUGCAUAUCGUUAAUACUGUGUUCGACGAAAUUGGUAAUUGUUCACCGAUGAUCGAGGAAGCUACCAUUGCCGGAUGUAAGGUGCUCAGAGAAAUUAUGAGAGUUGAUCAUACAUUAAUUAGUGCAAAUAAUGACGCGAAAGAGUUAUCGCGUUUACUGUACUGUUUAUUUUGCACUUUUCCAAAGAUGAGAGUUGUGAAUCGUAAAUUACUGACUCUUUGCUUUGAACUUAUAAUUUGCGAGUUAGACCACAAACCGAUGGACAUGCUUACACCUUUACUAAAUGUGAAAAUGUUACCCACCCUAAUGCGAGAUAUUUGUAAUAGUAAAGAUUUUGCGGACCUUAACAACUUAUCUGCUAGCUGUUUAACUACAGAAAUCUGCACCGAUGUGUACUCUCCGUAUUCGUGUCGUCUGAUCGAGUUGUACAUCAAGUUGGCGCUAAAAUGCUUCCAGGACAACAUAAAUAAAAUGCACGUAAUCCUUCCAGCAUUAAUAUUCUUGAUUGUAAAGGUGUUGCCUAUUUUUGCUACACACUUGACUUCUUCUAAUGCAGCAUCUCGAAGAGUGUGUUGCAAGCUUAUAAAAUUAAUUCACUUUAUCCUCGUACGUCGUGUAAUCACAAAUGCAAACGACCACAUCAUCUACACUUGUGUUAUCGAAUUAUUCUUAAAAAAAGAGAUGUUUACUUCUAUUUUGUUUAACAUUUGCUCAAUUGGUAACACGCGGCUAGAAAUCAUAUUAUGUGGAGAAACUAAUUUCGUUAGUGGACCAUCCUUGAAAAUCGUCCAAUCUGUAAAACGUGCCUUAAAAUGUUACAUGUUAAUUUCGAAUUACGUCACUUUAAACAGUCACUACGAAGAUUGGACCCCUUUUAGAGCACACCUCAUGAAAUCGUGUUUCGAUAAAAAUUUUAUAAUAACGAUACAAGGAUAUAUUUCCCAUUCCUACGACGAAGAGAUACCUCAAAUUGCUUUUGAAAUUUUAGGCAAUAUUUCUCUGGCCUUGAAAAAGCCAUUGUUGCCGGCUUUAAAAUGUGGUAACAGCGAAGUGAGGCAGUGGAUCGUGCAAUGUUUCUGCGAUCAACUUUUAAGGGACCCCAUUAAAAUUUCUAUUAUUCAUUACAUCUCGGCUUGUGUUCCCGAUCAGCCCGGCAUGAUUGUGGCUUUUUUAAAUAUAUGUCCGGAGAAAUCCGAGGUCGCUCCAGACGACAAAGAGAAAGAUAUGGUUAUGUGUAUGAUAGAUUACUUGAAGAAUGUGGAACAGAAUGAAGUCCCAGAGAUAAAUUCUCUGCAGAUGGAGAUCUUAGAAUUUUUGCAUAUGUUAUGGAAGUUAAACAAACAAUUUAUUUUAAAAAAAGUGACCAGUCAUGAAAACUUUUGGAGUGUGCUUACGUUACCUUUAGCUGAACUAAAAGAUUCGAUAUACAUCAGCCUUUUAACGUUCGAGAUACUCACCAUGGAGCUCAACCUGAAAAAAGGACAAGUGAGUGAGAAGUUUAAAGCUGCUCUCGAUCUCACAUUUGCAACAAACAAAAAUUUCACUCAAUUAUGGAUACAACGAAUAAUUGACAUCAUAAAAGGCGACUAUGUGACACCUACCAAAAGUCACGGAUUGUCCCUCGCUAAUGUAAUGUUAACAGUUCUAAAAAAAUUUAUUAUUGUCUUUCGACAUUUCCUUCCUACAUACGAUUCUAAUUGGACAAAUUAUCAAACACAACGAAAAUGUCUAGACAAUUUAGUGUAUUGUGUAAAGAAUUUAAAUGACGCAAAAUUAAUAGCGCUAUGGGCAGAACUAUAUCUCAUACUUUAUAAACAAACAAACCAAACUGUGGAAGAAAUCGCAACAUCUUUGGAAGUUACCUCUAAAUUGCUAUCGAAUUUCGCGAGUAGUUAUAGUAAGUGCGAUUCUGGAAGCAAAACAGCAAUUUUGACUAUAGCUGCGAUCACUCUAAGUAAUUCUGAACAGCUGCUAUCAAGCAACGCCACAUACGCCAAAUCCUUUUUAAUGCCGUUUGCCAACAUCUUUGAAGCUGAAUACGCCUAUUUAGCAAUGGUGGAAACCAAAAAGGAAGAAUCCUUUUAUUACAACUGGGUCAUUAUUCUUAACGUCGUCAAUACAUUUCUAAGGAUUAAUUUCAACGCAUUUACUUUGUUUUUUAACAAUACGGCAUAUAUCGAGCGAUUAACUGUCACUGUACGUCUGUACACUCAAGAUUUUAUGCCCAUAAGAGUCGCCGAAGUUAUAAUGGCGUCCUUAAUUCGUUUGGCAAAGUCGCAGUUAAUCGAAAGCUUCGAUAAUCAGUUGAAGAAUAUGCAAAAUAGUUUACAGCAACGUAACAUGUGCAAGCUGGAUGAGGCCAAAUCGACAAAGGGAAUUGUGCCGCAAAACAUUAUGAAUAAUUGGAUUUUUUAUACGUAUGUCAUGCAUCUGAAUACAAUUUUGUUAAAAGAACGAGGCCUUCUCAUUUUUAAAGACAUGCUGUUGUUUGUCCACUCACAUGAGGCCAAUAUAUACGACGCAAUCGCAAGUGCCACCCUAAUAGCAAAUGAGGUAAAUUUGAAACUGGUGUCGAGCACUUUACGGUUCAUGUGUGAAGUAUACAAGUAUUUGAGAAAUCAGAAAAAGAAGAACGUGAAAUGGUUUCACCGCAUUACGAUGUCUAUUACAGAAUUGUUGAACGCAUGUUGCAACGUGCUGCUCCAUCCAAGUAUUUUAGUUGCGUCAAAAAGGAGUAAUACUGUUAACUUUGGCCCUCUGUCUAAUAAUUGUUUAAUUACAAUAACCAACAGGUACAUUGACAUUGUAUACUGGCUGUGCAUGUGUCUAAUUAGAUGGAAUCCUCCACUUACAGAGUUCCUUGGUGUAUACCAAUUUAGUUGCGAAUCCUUUGUUGAUUACGAUGAUCGAGCUCCUCCCCCAUGGAUUGUUCCUCAAAAUCAAUUGACAUAUAAUUCGUUAUUUUGCAUAUUACACUUUAUCUGUCGAGUAUUGACUGAAAUAUCUGUAAUGAAAGAUGCAGUUGGAAAGGUAAAGGAAACUUUCGAAACACUUCCGUCUGAUUGUAAUAUUGUAAUAUACCCACACAAGGACGCCUCAAAUACAUUAUCUGGAUUAUUUGGUGAUGCCUUACCUCAGUCUCUAGUAUUGGAUGACAGAUGGUUAGUCUAUGUGAAUCCAGAAAAACUAACAGAUUCCUUAAAUACGCUAGGCACAGUGAUAGCUUUGCAACUAUUUUUAACAUCGAGACUUGUUACUGCUGAUCUGAGAGAAUCGUCUAACAUCAAGUGGGACUUCCUUUGUCAAUUAACAAUGUUCUAUGAGUUUGUUUACAAAUACAUCUCCCAUAGAAUGUCACACAAUCAACCACUGGGUCCUGCAGACCCUAUUUUACAUGUUGAUGUAUCGCAUGUAUGUGGCAAUAGGAGGAGUGAAGCAUUAGCAAUAAGAUCGCUCGAUGAUAGUUUUUUAUUACUGUUGAUUCAUUGGUUUCGGCAAAUUUGCGGAAUAAAUUCUCAUGUGAUUAGAAGACCGUAUUAAGAAGUUUUCUACUUUUACAAGUGCUGCGGGUUAAUGAAGAAAAUGUGUACCACUUGUCUGUACUUGGCCGUUAUGGUUUACGUACAACCAUUUGUGAUGUUUAAAAAUUUUGUAAUAAACUUCUAGAGAAAGUGA